GUCGUUCCAAUUGAAGUUUCCGCUUUCUUUCCCAGGCUCCGUUAUGUCAUUGCUGAGAUGGUCCCACAGCAGCUACUUCACCACACCAACGCUCCAGCCCCAUGGAUCAGAAUCGGUCGAUCACCACAUCACGGCUAUCGCGUCGUCGAUUGUAUUUUUACGCGCUUCAGUUUCGGCCUUCAUUGCACCGGAAUCUAUCGGUCUCUCGAUUAACACAGGUACCGCACGAGUGGCGGCAAAUCAGAAAAUCACCAACGAAUACUUUGGCGUGUAACUAGUGACAAUAACCAGGUGGGUGGAGUCGAGGUUGAGUAAAGACCAUGGUCAGGAACCUUGGCAAAAUGUGUCGGGAAACGGGGAGACGAUGAGACUAGCCCGAAAUUAAUCUUGUUCACAGACUUUCUAUGGAUCAUUCAACAGGACACGCAAGUCAAGUUCAGACCCACAAUGACAGUUACCACAAGUAAUUCUACGGUCGAAUAGAUGCGAGGCAGGAAAUUCUGCCCUUAUCUCUCAAAGCAUAAAUCUACGAUAUACAUAAUCCUGAAGCCGAAGUUGAGUGAUAUACUACAGAUUUAGAAGAUACAUACGAUAUCGUCUUCUUCCUUCCUUCCACUUAUUUUAGUUUAUAUUUUAAAGAAACUUUUUGUACUGCGUGACACCCGGCUGAUUCGGUACUGUUCUCGUUUAGGCUGGCCACUUGUCUGCGUUGUGAUGAGCACGUUGGAAUGCCACGUUCGUAUCGAUAGAUCAUUUCCCCCCUGCUGCACUUUCAUUGUCGACUGCAUCCAUUACCGAACAGCAUAGUCAUAAUUCCGUUGAGUCUUGUACAUUAGUCAUGAGGUGUUAGGAGUCGAAAAUUGGUAAUGUCCCGAAUGUCGUCGAAUUUUUCGCCGACACUGUAUAUACACAGAGAUUGUUCGGGACUCUUUGUGAACUUAAUUUAAAAAAUCCGAUCAGACAUAACCUAAGCCCCAGUCGACCGUCUAGAAACAAGUGUAGAUCGGCACAUUGGAGCCGUAGGAGUGCUCAGUUGCAAACCUAUUAUCAUGUUUGGGGGCGAUAAAUUUCAGUAGUGCUGAGAGAAAAGUCUUUGCUAGCUACUUGCAGCUAGUCACAAUCAACUUUCAAAAUUUUGUCGGAUGGAACAUGCUGGGAUGGAGCAGCAACCGUGUGAUCGUGGCUUGUGCGCCGUGGUGCAUCCAUCUGCAGAUAGAGUUUGCAAGAACGGGUGGAUUCGACAUGAUCAGUGCCAGGUGACUGAAAUUGUGAUAGGUGAGGAUGCUUUGGGAUGAUAAUCGUCACAGGGAUGGCUGCGACCUUUUCCAGCUGCUUUGAGAGCGACCGAUUUGAGAGCAGCUGGUGAUAUCCUUUUCCUACGACGGUAAAAUCCGACUCCAUUAGUGAGAUUUUGAUCCCACCAAGGUUUGUCAAUCAAGUCUAUGCAUUCUAGAUACCCACUUUGCAACGUCACCAAUUUGAAGUAAAUUUGAUCUCAUGCAUGCCCUGCGUCAAGAGAGAGUCUGGAGGCACAACCUCCAUUACCUUUGGAAGAGUCGAACUUGCUCGAAACCCGUGCCAUUUUUGUGAGAAAAUUCAACUGGAUCGUCACUGAGUGAAGUCAUUGUUUGGGCCUUUUCCUAAUAUUACAACUCCGACCAAUUGAAGUUGCAAUGCUGAGAUCGCAGUUCUAUUCUACUCUACUCACACGCAGAUUGGCACAACACAGUAAGGAGCGGUGUAGGAUGAUUAGAAGCUGAACUCCAGUCAAACGCUCUACUGGAGAAAACAUGCGACUGCAGGGCAAUCUUGCCUAAAAAUUAGAGGCUUUCCAUGGAAGUUGCAGAAUAAAAUUAUUCCCUUCAUUCAACUAAUUAGUCCUUGAUAGAAUUACUAGUUUCCUUCAGAACGAAGACUGUUGUUGUCCAUUUCCUUUCUCUCGAGUAAGCUGUUCUCCCUGAACUGUAGAUACACUCUGUAGGGAGAUAUGGUAGAACUAAACUCGUGUACAAAACCGGCUAUCAAAUAUGGGAGCCACGGCGUGUGUGUCGGAGGUGGCGCCGGUAUGUGGCGCCUUGGGGACCAGCCCGGGGUUCGAAGGGUUCGAGAAGCGCCUGGAGAUCGAGUUCCAGCCCGCACCUGUGUUCAGGGACCCCAAUGGGCGCGGGCUGAGAGACUUGACGAGGUCGGAAUUGGAUAGCAUGCUGUGUGUGGCGGAGUGUACGAUCGUGGCGCAGCUGAGCAAUGCCGAGGUGGACUCGUACGUGCUGUCGGAAUCGAGCCUGUUCGUGUAUCCGCAGCGCAUCAUCAUCAAGACGUGCGGCACCACGAAGCUGCUGUGCAUCGUGCCGGUGCUGCUGGAGGUGGUGGCGCGGCUGGCGAUGAAGGUGAGGCGAGUGAAGUACACGCGCGGGACGUUCAUGUUUCCGGCGGUGCAGCCGUAUCCGCACGGGAGCUUCUCGGAGGAGGUGGGAUACCUGGAGAAGUACUUCGGGGGGAUUGGGAGCGGUGGCAGAGCGUACGUGAUGGGGAACCGGGGCAAGUUCCCGAAUUGGCACAUCUACACGGCGUGCGAGCAGAAUGCAGACGCGAGUGGGGGCGCGGGGAAGGAGGAGGAGGAGGAGGAGUGCGUGUAUACGGUGGAGAUGUGCAUGACGAAGCUGGGCAGGCGGUCGGCGGGGCAGUUCUGGAAGGGAGCGGGGCGGGAGAGCGGGGAGGAGAUGACGGCAGGCGCGAACAUCCAGAGCCUGCUGCCGGAGUCGCGGAUCUGCGACUUCGCGUUCGAGCCGUGCGGGUACUCGAUGAACGGGAUCGAGGGAGCGGCGCACUCGACGAUCCACGUGACGCCGGAGGAGGGGUUCAGCUACGCGAGCUUCGAGGCGAUGGGGUACAGGGGAGGACAGGUGGAGCUUGGGGCGCUGGUGGAGAGGGUGGUGGGAGUGUUCAAGCCCGCGGCGUUCGCGAUGAGCGUGGACGUGAGCGGGCUGGCGAGGGGGCAGGCGGGGUCGGAGUCGGAGUCGUGGGGUGCGUCGGCGUGCCCUCGCGGGUACGUGUGCAACGGGAGCAGCCGGCAGGAGCUGGCGAGCGGGAGCGCGGUGGUGUUCCACACGUUCCAGGAGGCGACGACGCUGGGGCGAGGGGCGGCGGUGACGCCUCUGGCUCUGGUGAGAGGAGCGUACAGCAAGAAGCGGAGUUCGAAGAAGAUGUCGAUAAAGGGGAUAAAGCUGAAGAAGGAGACGAGCGCGAGCGCAGUGUCAGUGAUGGAACAGCACGCAAGGAUGGGAUUCUUUUGAACAGUUUUAUACGUGACAAAGCAUGUAGAUAUUGUCUUGUUAUCAUUUUUGAUAAAUCAGAUAUAUUAGUGGAGGCUUAAACAGAUUUGAUUCUCAAUACUAGGAUCCAACAGUUGUUGUAGGUGGUAUGCUUUGUAGCGUGUUCUCUAAGUGGCUUAGUUUUCAUGCGGAGUCAUCGUGGAGAAGUUGGCCAUUAUCAACCACCGAUGACGAUUUAGUUGCUAAAAUUCCGGCAGUCUUUUAAAGAGGAUAAGUUUGCUUUGGCUGCGAAGGUCCGCUGUUCUUAGAAAUCCUUGUCAUGCGGUGUUGAAGCCAGGAACAUGCCACCUCACACCUACAACGAGACAAUCCCAGCAGUAUUAAAAAUGGUUCUCUCCUGUUUAGUGUCUGCUAGUGAGGGGGAUAUUUCAUUCAACCUCCAUGGAAUACAACUCCACUUUAUAGACUGUAUGAAUAUGUAGAAUUCUCGGGAGAGAGUGAUCUCAGAUCAAGUUAGUGGUAAAACUGGGUGAACAAUAAUAGAAAGGAGACGUAUGGGUCUUUGAUUAGGCACAUCUGAUGCAGUGUGCAGCAUGUUUAUAUGAAAGACGCGUUCGACAUGGACUUGGCAAGAUUCCAAGACACAUUACACAUUGUUGAGUAGUUUGUAAUUUAAUAGGAGAUUUCAGGCAUUCCGCCAGCUGAGA